AUGCUUUUUCCAAUUAAACAUCAACAAAUUGAGCAACAAAUCAGAUGAAUUGUCUGAUUAAUUGUGAUAAAUGUCAUUCAAGGACGAUGACUUUGUUCAAAAAUUUUAACAUGAUUGGGAUCAAAAUUUCAAGGAAAGCCGAACAAAAAAAAAAUAAAAAUGUUUUCCUAUAUCCUGAUUAUUACCAUCAUUAAUUAUGGCCAUUGUGAUCUGUUUAAAUUACCUGGUGUUAAACAUAUAACAUCAGAAAAUGUUAAAAAAUUGGCAACAUUACCAACAAAAAUAGCAUCAAAUAAUCUGUUGAAUAAAUUGAAAAAAAUGUCACCAUUACGUGAAAAGAUAAUGAGUUUGAUUGAAAAAAAUCAAAAUGAAGUGGAUUCAUUGCUAAAACUAUCAGGCAUACUACCAGAUCAAAUGUUUUCAUCAUUAUAUCCAAAUAUGAGCCGAUUUAAAAUUGAUCAAUUAAAAUCCUGUUACAAUAUGAUUAUGAAUGAUGACGAUGAUGAUGAUAAUGGUGAACAGGAAGAGCAUAAUAUUUUUGAAAAUACAUUUCUCACAACAGUGAAAUCAUUCUAUAGACAUUAUUCCAACGAUCAAUUUGAGAGUAAACCAUUUCCAGAACGUAUAAAAAAUCUACUCGAUUCAAUGCAUAGAAUUGCCAAACAUACUUUGGGUUGUGUAGUGAAACCUGGUGGAUUCCAACUUGGACUCACACAUCUUUCUGAUUGGAGUGAUGAAGAUUUCAAUAAAAUGCAAGGAGAAAAAAUUUCAGAACAAGAUGAUAAUGAAGAUCAACAUCGUAGAACAACUAAUCAAGUGGAAACAACAAACAAUUCUGAUGAACGAAGCAAGAAUUCUUUCAUCAAUAAAUUCAGUGGAGUUAACCGACAUCCCAGGCCACAAAUGAAUCGGCAAGAAAUCGCAGACAAGCAGAAGCAUCAUCAAAAAAACAAUUCAAAUGAUUAUCCUGAUAGACAGAAAUUUGAUCGAUCUGUAAAUGAUGGAAAUCGAUCCAAAAGAGCGGCAGAGGUGCCAAAAAAAUGUUUAGUAAAAAAUCGUGCAAAAUUACCAACAAAAUUGGAUUGGCGCGAAGCAAAUGUUGUGACACCUGUGAAAUUUCAAGGUGAAUGUGGUAGUUGUUGGGCAUUUACCAGUAUAGCCAAUGUUGAAAGUGCAUAUCUCAUCAAUAAUAAGACUGGUGAACGACAUUUUGAUUUAAGUGAACAAGAAAUAUUAGCCUGUGCUAAACAUAAUGGCUGUAAAGGAGGUACCGGUGCUGAUGCUUAUAAAUAUAUGAUACGACGUGAAGGUAUUUCACGGGAAACAUCAUUACCAUAUAAAGCUAAAGAUAAUGAAUGUCCUAAAAGUGAACGAUUAAGAAAGGCAGCUACAAUCGAAGAUUAUUGUCUACGUGGAAAAUAUGUUAAACUGAAUGGUCGACAAGAAGAGUUGACGGAUGAAGAGAUCAUGUAUAUUGUACGAGAAUUUGGUCCAAUAUAUACAACCAUUCAUGUGGAUAAUUCAUUAAUGAAACAUUAUAAAACUGGUGUCUACGACAAUGAUAGUUGUUCUAAACAAACAAAUCAUGCAGUUACAAUUGUCGGAUGGGAUGAACAUUCCUGGAUAAUAAAAAAUAGUUAUGGACGUAAUUGGGGUGAGAAAGGAUUUUUCCAUAUGAAACGUGGAAAAAAUCUUUGCGGAAUCAAUACAUAUGUUAUGUAUGCUAUUGUAUAGAAUUUUUAUUGAUAAUUUAAGACAUGAAUCAUGACGUUUAUCAUUA